GCCACCCUUCCCUCAGGCACUCCCUCAUCGGCGGCGAAGCUGCAGCCUUCUUUCGGCUUUCGUCCCUCUCAGCUACCAUCUUCGUUCCCCAUACCCCCGUCAGCGGCCGGACCUCUCAGCUAUUCACUCUCUCGGCCUUACCCUCUCAAGCCACCCUCUUUCUCAACCUCCUUCUGCAUUCCUUGCACCAUACCAACGGCGCAGCAAAGCUUCGAUGCCGCCCUCUCCUGCUGUUCCUUAAUCUCUGACUGUUCCUGCACUCCCGUCCCCGUGGAGUUCGGUCUGUUAAGCAGCGGCAUCCAAUGGAGCUUUGAGCUUCCGUAUUGAACCCAAGUCACCGCACAUUCAGCUCAGAUCGCCCUUGCCGAAGCUUAGCUUCAAACCAAACGGCAGUAAUACCCUAACCGGACCCAAGAGGAUUAUAAUUAAAGGAAACCCGCAGCGCAGCCUCAGGCUUCCUGAAGGUUUAUCCAAUUGAAAAGAGUUUGCUAAUGAGGUUUUCUCGGAGGCCAAAAGCUCCUCCUUCAGAAGCUUAAUCUGUCCCAAUAAGGUGGGCCAGAGCUGUGUCUCAUCUUGGGACAAUUUUAGUUGGAGUCAAACUCAGACCAGGACCUGUUAAUGUCUGUGAUCGUGAAGUUGCAAUCCCCAAGUAGCGUUUGUGUGACCAGAUCGUCGCGGUCGAGAAUUGGCUGAGGACUGGAAGGUAGAAGCAGCAGCACUUGAUGAACUUCCUUAUUGGGGUAAUUUGGUUCUAUUGAGAUUAAGAGUAAACUGAUUGGACACCCCUAACUAUGAUCUCGACCAAACCUCUAAGCGGCAAUCACAUCGCCGUGGUGAAUCAAAUUCUCGCGGCCAUUAUCCAAAACCGGCCACUGGACAGCACACUAUCCAUGUCCCGCCACCAAUGGACCACAGAAUCAGUCUCUGAAGUGCUAAGAUCCAUUCCAAGAUACUUCUUCCAAUCAUCACAUUCAGUCGGUCGCCAAAGAACAUUCCGCCACCGAGCUCCACUGAAACAGCGCAACCUCAGGCAAGAAUCUGAGAAGCUGUCCAAGAAUGUCCUUGUUCUCGGUCCAGCUGCUCACAGGGACCCACUCAAAUUGAAUCUUGGGUUGGACAAGGCGCUGGAAUUCUUCCACUGGGUCGAGUCCCAUUUUGGGUUUACCCACAACGAGGUAACCUGUAGAGAGAUGGGUAUUGUGCUUGCUAGGGCGAAUAGAGUGAGGGAUUUGUGGGAUUUUCUCAAGAAGAUGUCCAGGCGAGGAAAUGGGAUAGUCUCUGUUUCGACUGUUACCUGUUUGAUUAAAGUCCUGGGAGAGGAAGGAUUAGUUAAUGAGGCAUUGGUUGGGUUUUAUAGGAUGAAGCAGUUUCACUUGAAACCUGAUGUUAUUGCAUAUAACGCCAUUAUACAUGCUCUCUGUAGGGUCGGGAAUUUCAAAAAGGCACGAUUUUUGUUAGACCAGAUGGAGUUACCAGGAUUUCAUUGCCCGCCCGAUGUUUACACUUAUACUAUUUUAAUUGGUUCAUACUGCAAGUAUAGUAUGCAGACUGGGUGUCGAAAGGCCAUCAGGAGAAGACUAUGGGAGGCAAAUCAUCUAUUUCGAUUCAUGCUAUUUAAGGGAUUUGUCCCUGAUGUUGUUACUUAUAAUUGUCUGAUUGAUGGCUGUUGCAAGACUAAUCGGAUUGAGAGGGCGCUGGAGCUUUUCGACGAUAUGGGCAAGAGGGGCUGUGUCCCGAAUAGGGUUACAUAUAAUUCAUUCAUUAGGUACUACAGUGCAGUUAAUGAGAUUGAUAAAGCUAUUGAAAUAUUGAGGAGGAUGCAGAGGAUGGGUCAUGGAGUGGCUAGUUCAAGUUCUUAUACUCCGAUUAUUCACGCUCUUUGUGAGGCUGGAAGGGUGGUGGAUGCUCGUGAUUUUCUUGUUGAGUUGGUUGAUGGUGGGUCAAUUCCUAGAGAAUACACAUAUAAGUUAGUGUGCGAUGCACUGGACUCUACAGGAGACUCGGGUGUACUAAGCGACAAUUUACGUGAUAGGAUUGAAGGUGGUAUUCGGAGUAGGUUUGAAAGAGUAAUGAAAGUGAAGCCAAUUAUGGCUCGCUAAAUUUUGAGACUCUGGGAAAAAUGUGUCAUAUGAAGGAUUCUUUGUUCAACUAUUUAGACAGAUCUUUUUGCAGCUUUAGGAUGAUAUGCUAUUAUGGCUGCGGAGCUGGACCCAGGUUCCAGUUAUUUCUCAUCAUCAGUGAGCACAGAGGAUGAAAAAGUGAGAAGCAAUGCGAAAACUUCGAGAGAGCAGAACAGGGGACAAACAUCGAUUGGAGGCUCCAUUCAGCUCGAACAGAGCAUAUUCUUAUUCGCCGGACACCAAAAGCACCCCAAUUAGAGGUCUUAGUGAAGAAAACAGAGUUCUCGAAGUUGGACCAUGAACACAGUUUUGAACAAAGGGACUCUGUUGGCCUGUACAGCUCACAGAGAUGUCGUUUCCUGACAGGGAUGACAUGAAGCGACUCCCAACAGAAUUUGCUAAUUACAGUAAUAUUUGCGGAAUUUUCUGAAUUAUUUGAUCUUUGGCCUGUUGCAAGAAAUAUAUAUAUCUAUACAAAGUAUAAUCAGGAACAUGUUCAUAUGACUUGAACAUCACCUCAAUAGAUCCAGGAUUAAGGCGCUUUCAGCAUUUAAGGAGUUUUAGUAAAUUUUGCCUGAUCGAGAUAUCUUAGCCAAGGCACAAUUGUAUUUUGGUAAAUUUAUCAUGAGUCUUUCUUUUCAGGGUAAAAGGUCCACCAGUAGUACAUUUGAUUAUUCGUGGUUAUGAUCCCAAACCAGUAGUACAUUGAUUAUUCGUGGUUAUGAUUCCAAUGUAUAGAUAAUUGGGGGUCUGAUUUUGGGACUUAGGAACUUGAGGUAAGUCAUCGUGACUUGUAUUGGUGUUUGCUUCUAAAUAUUUUUCAGAGAAAAUAUUUUCUGAAAAUUCCUUUCAUUGCCUGAGAGUAUUUGGAACGAUUCUGUGAUUUUGUUGCAAAUUUUAUGGAUCAUUUACGAAAUUGUUGCUAGCUUGUGUCACUUACCUCAAAGUGCUCGAUAUCAACAUCAAGUGUCCAAUUAAAUCGACUAAUUGGAAUCCCUUGUAAAACAUAAAUAACCAAAUGUUACUUACUGAUUUUGCUUCAACUAAGGCCUCACACAAGUCAAAUGAAUAUGUUCCCGACAUUAUUUUACAUAAAAUAUAUGUUUCCAAAUAUAAGGCCAAAAAUCAAUAACUGAAAAUGUUCAAGAAAAGUUACGGAAAAUAGUGAAGUCUGUUGGUUUGUUCGUAUGACCUGUGUCACAAAUUGACAUCUCAGUGAGCCCUAUAGGUUGCUGGAAGGCUGCAGCCCUGCUGCCUCAAAACAGUAUCCUGCUCGAACUUAGAGAACUCCAUCCUCUCAGCUCAGACCUCCAAUUUGGGUGCUUUUGGUGUCCAUGGAAGCUUAUAUGAAGUGCGAAAAUUUAGUAGCAAGCAGAAGUUCGAUAUGUAAAGAAAUGACAUUAAAAAACUGAGGUCGAAAUUCAGAAUUUAUCACAAUGGCAGAAACUUCAGUUUAAUAAUUUUUGGCUGAUUGCUGCGGUCACCUCUUUUCUGUUUGUUACUCUCUGUAAU